AUGCGUUUAUCUCUCGCUUGCGUCCGCGCCAUCGAACGAACGCGAACAGCCAAAGCAUUCUUCAACAAUGCGGUAGUUAAACAAGUUGAUGUACCUACCCUCGCUGGCAUGGUCGGUGUUCUUGCCAACCACGUACCCACUAUUGGAGUGCUGAAGCCAGGCGUUGUAUCAGUGACUGAUAAUGAAGGUAAUGUGACGAAAGCUCUUCGUCUCCUCGGGCACAUUGUCGAUGAAUAUCGAUGGUUCCUGCCAAGUUCUAGCCGAAGA